CUUGUGUAAGGGUAGUUUCAACAAAAGUUGUGUUAUAUUUCAGAGAUUUUUAACACAGAAAGUGCACAAAUAACCAACACAACAAUGUGUAGCUGCUUUUGGCCAAUCAAAGCGUUUGCAUGUCAGCGCGAGCGCAUUUUUUAAAAUUCGCCACCAGGAGUCACUCGUCACCCGUCAGCCGUUGCCAGGCUCGUUCCUCUCUGGUAGCUGUUGCAUUCAAGGGACGCCUCGGCUGAGUCACUGAGCUGCUGUACUAAUGGAUCCCCCGAAAUUGUUAGUCACCGUCUUCAUGGACGAGAAGGAAAUAAGCAAAAAAGUUCUUCGGUUGAGAUCACUACAAGAGGUUGUCGAUGCAUGCGCUCCAACCACAGGAACAGACAGCCCAGAUUGCUACAGGGUUAUGAAGUUCGAUACAGACUUCAACGAAUUCAUAGACACAGACUCUACUGACAGUGUUGAAGACAAGGACAAGCUCCAAGUAUUCUUCAGAUCGAGUGGAACCUCAGUAUUGGCUGAACAGCUGAAUACAUCUGGGGCUGCAGCAGAAAAUGUAUUUGCGGUGACGCAGAAUGUAGCUGUUCCAAGUGGCCAGCAGAUUUCAGCCUGCGAGCUUGAUUGUGAGGCAGUAAAGAAUUUUCUUCAAACAAAAGACCCCCGGAUAUUGGCCUUCUACGAGGAGCACGGGACUUUGACUGAGAAAUGGCGACGAGUAUUGGUGACAACCACGAUCAGCUACCUGGUUGAGAAAAAGGGAUUUUACCCCAACAGUGCUGACAAACAAUUACUUGCAAGAGCCAUCGUUACACUGUUUCCAGCGCUACAAAUAAAAAUGGAAGAGGAAAACGAAGGAUAUGAACAUUUCUACGAUCCUGUAAGCCACUCUGGCUUUCUGGAAGACAAACUAAGAAAUAUCCGGCGGAGUCUGAGGGAUGACCAGCGGCGUUACCGCAGACGGGGAGGAUCAUCUGAAGUCUUGGUUAGACUGGAGGAAGUUGUGGAAAGCGAUGAGUCUGUGAAAGAAUGGAUCACUGUAAUUAAGAGGAUGAAGCCUACUCCCGAAAAUCGGUCAUCGAUAAAGAUGGGAAUGGACAAAACCUACACACACCGAAGAUACUGGAUUUCUAGUCAAUCACCCACUCUGGCAGAGAUUGUGGAACACUACCCACGCUUCAUCGACAUGCCCUAUCUGAUUGACAGCGAGUUCGCGAGGAUGUUUCCAGACAAAGCAGAUGCCUUCCUCCGCAAAUGGGAACCCACCAUCGUCCCAAAGCUUCUGAAACUCGCGUGCCUUGAGAAGAAAGAAGACUACACAGAGGAUGAGAGUGCUGAAUCAAGUAGCUUCAGAGCCCUCAGGAUGCUCGUCCAGUAUCUCCCCCCUACUGCAUCAGGACGGAGUAAAGGGUGGACCAAAUGCAGUGUAAAGGCGGCAAUGGCCUACAUGUUGGAGAUAAAGCCAAUGGGAACCAGCAUCACGUCACUUCUUCAAACCAGUGGCACGGUCUGUGAUUCGUCAAAUCAACAAACCAUCAAUCAACCACGCUUGGUGAGCCUGGGAUACCCCAACACAGGAGCCCAAUAUGUCAUAGUGGCCUCAAACGAUGCUGUGGCAAUUCCUCUUCAAGACGAAAGUCUAGCUUGCUGCCUAGAUAAACUUUUUAAACUGUAUUGGAUCUGCAAUCUUGCCUAUCCAAUUCAGCUGGCGUCAGUGUUUGGAUUCAUGGAGCACGUGUAUGGCUUGCAAAUAUCUGGUGGGAAGAGAGCCAAAAUUGUGGAGCUUGUUGCCAAGCUUCAGGUGCUUUAAAUUGAAAUC